CAUUUAUAGUGCAACAAAGUAAGUGCCCAUUUGGAGUGACAUGUUGGAACAACUGGCUGCGACACGGCAAGUUCUGUCUCGAAACACAAACACUGGCCUCAUUCGAGCUUGGCUUGUACCGACAUCGCGGCAUAAUGCGAGUCGGAUCACUGUCACACGGCGUCUUGUGAUUGACGGUGGCGCAAACGACUUUCAGGCCUAUCCUUUAACAGCCAUCGUGCAGCAUACAAAGGUGCUACUACAUAUAAUCGAGUAGUCACCUCACCGGACAACGACCGAGUUGAAGGAGGCGGUGAUAACGGUCACGUGACCACGGAGACAAGACGCGUGAACUUGGAAAUUUGAAGUGUACUUUGUGUUCAAGCUGCAGUCACGAAUCACAGUCAUGGCGGACGUUGAUGAUGUGUUCACACAGGUCCCACCUGUCGUCGACAUCGAAGUAAUAGAAGCAGCGAAGGAAAAUAUACAACCUCUUGCGUCUGGGCGGCGCGUAACAGCGUUGUCUGCUAUCCUAUCCACCCCACACGCGCAGCGCGAUGAACGGCUCCUUUCCGCGCGCAAACGUCACCGACUUAACGUUGAAAUCGCAUUGCAAGACGAAGACGAUGAUCCCCUUGAGGCCUAUGUCCGAUUCGUUAAUUGGAUUUUGGACAACUACCCCCAGGGCCAAAGUGCUGAAUCUGGACUCCUUGAGUUGCUAGAGGAGGCAACUCGAGCACUAAAAGAUAAUCGGGGCGGUAUCUGGAAAGGCGAACUCAAAUACUUGAAGCUCUGGUUGCUUUAUGCCAGCUUUGUGGAGAAACCGAUAUUGAUAUUCAAGUUUUUGCUUGCCAAUGACAUUGGGACAAGUCACGCCGUUCUGUAUGAAGAAUAUGCGGCUGCGCUGGAGAGGGCAGGACGGCGAAACGAGGCGGACGCUAUCUUUCUGUUGGGAAUUGCACGGCAGGCAAGCCCCCUGGAACAUUUGCAAAGCAAACAUGCAGAAUUUCAGAAACGCAUGAUGUCAGGCAUCGCAUUGCCCCCUGCCCAGGAACCGACGGGUACUUCCCGACGCACAGGACUUGGUUUGACUACUUCUUUAUCCUCGUCUGGCUCUCUAGCCAGGGUACACAGGUCAUCUCCGUCCGAUGCUAACGUAUUUGGUUCUGGUCCAUCGCUACCGAGGGCUGCUCCCAAUUCUCGUCUUCAGAUCUUCGUGGACCCGACCGGUUCCGAGCCUCAGGAGGAAACAAGAGCUGCAUUCCCCGAUAUUGGAACUCGUAAAUCCCGCGUCAAAGAGAAUGUCCCCGAGGUGCGAAAAGCAGCCGGAACUACCCUGAAACACACAGGGAGCUCCCGUCGCGUCACCCCCGGUUCCAGCUCAUCUAGUACUUCGAAGAUAAUUCCUUACAAAGACCCUGACCCCGAGGAGAAUAUUGAGUCAGAUGGGAUGCCCCCUCCUCCUAUUCCCACUAGGCUACCACCGAAGACUCCUGCCAGAAGUACGAUCGUGCCAUUCUCAGACCAAGAUCCCCAAGGCGGAGUACUGUCAAGUCCGAUGUUUACUCCGUUCCGGGACGAGCCUGCUACUCCCAGCAUAACGGCGACUAUAGGUGCACCAGAUACCGUGAUGAAGACCAAGGUUGUUGGUGGCAGAGGUCCAUCCGUCUUAUCUGAGGCAGAAGCUCUGAGGAAAGACCCUUUGAAGAAUUAUACGGCUGACGAAUGUUCCCUGGUGGACGACUGAAUUCGUCCCAUUAACGCUGAUGUCCUGGCUCUGGUAUCUUACAUUGCGUAAUUUGUUUUUUCUUUAUCGAAGUCCGUUCCAAGUGAAUUCUCGUCUCGAGCGCUUUGGCUACGACUGUGUAGUAGCACUUCCUAAUGUGGUAUUCUCCUGACUACGCCGC